GAAAAAUACUCAUGAAGAAAGACAAAUGACGAUGAAAUUGUGUAACAGUGAAUGAAAUUGAGAAAAGUAACAGGAAAAAAGAAGUGUCAAUCUGAUCUAAUCUAAAUUUAGAUAAUUGUUUAUGGCCACGGAAAUCAAAAACACCACUGUGAAGCCCAAAUCAAGUGCCCCAGAUGGUUCUUCCAAGGGAAAAAAGGAUUCUUCAGCUGUCAAGAAGAGAGUAGAAUCUGCCUCGACAAAAUCUGGGGUUAAAUCCAAAUCGACUUCGUCCUCUUCAGAGACAACAACGAAGACAACUAUAAAAGUGAGAGAGAAGAAAGUCUACACUCUUCACGGGCAGAAACAUGAUCCUCCAGAACAGAAAGAACCGCUGCGGGUUUUCUAUGAAUCAUUGUCAAAACAGAUUCCAACAAGCGAAAUGGCUGAAUUUUGGUUAAUGGAACAUGGUUUGCUGUCUCCAGAAAGUGCUAAGAGAGCAUUCGAGAAGAAGCAAAGGAAACAAAAGGAGCUACGGGCUGCAACUCCAGUUAAGCCAUCAAAGCCAGAAACUAAAACUGAAACUUCCCAGAAGCAACAACAGGCUUCCAAGAAUGGUGACACAAAAGCUAAGAAAAAAAUUGUCGAAAGUGAUGAUGAUGAUGAUGAUGAUGAUGAUGAUGGUGAUGAUGAAGAAGAAGAAGAUAAUGAUAAUGAUGAUAAUGAAUUCAUUUUAAGUCAUAAAAGAAGAAAAGGGUAGUAAGAAGAAAAGCUUAUGAAUGGCUAUAGCAGUGUUCCACAUUGCUUCAGAAAACAUACAUUUAACUUAGAAAAAGAAUCAAAGAUGUCAAAAAGACAAAAUAAGGAGAAGAAAUUUCCCACACAACCUAACAAUUGUUAGAUGAAC